AUGGCAGUCCUGUCGAAACCUUGGUCGAAGAAAAGGUUAUCCAACGCUUCGAUCAAAUCGCUCAUCAACGACUUUACGUCCAUCUACCUCCAAAACCGCACGCGCAUCUCACGCGCUGUGUACCUCACCCUCUUUGUCGCCCUCAUCAACCGCGUUCGCAACGCCAUCGCCGAACAGAAAGCCGCUUCGAUAAGGCGUGAAGCACAGCGAAAGACGGGGACAGGGCCAAGUGAAGGUGAAGCGACAGGUCGGAAGAAGGUCGAGCUAAAUCGCGAGUUCUUCAAAAACCUCUUGCGGCUGCUUAAGAUAUGCAUACCAGGAUGGCGGAGUAAGGAGUUCAGACUGAUCAUCAGUCACAGCAUCUUCUUGGUGCUGCGGACCAUGAUCAGCCUGUAUGUUGCCGAGCUCGACGGAAGGCUGGUCAGCAGUCUGGUGCGGGGAAAAGGGAGUGAGUUUUUGAAAGGGCUUGUGUGGUGGAUGACUGUUGCCAUCCCAGCAACCUUCACGAACUCGAUGCUCUCCUACCAUCAGUGCAAAUUGUCCCUGCAGUACCGCACACGACUCACGAAUUACGUCCACAACAAGUACCUUUCACAAAUGACGUUCUACACGCUAUCAGCCCUCGAUGACCGAAUCAAGAAUGCCGAUCAGCUCAUCACCGUGGAUGUGGCUAAAUUCGCAAACAGUCUUGCGGAACUUUACUCGAAUCUUGCAAAGCCGGUACUCGACAUAAUAGUAUACAACUACUCCCUAUCACGGAGCGUAGGAGGGGAAGGUCUCUUCUUUAUGAGUUUGCUCGUUCAGCUGUCUGCGAACGUCAUGCGCGCGCUCACUCCACCGUUUGGAAAAUACGUUGCAGACGAGGCGAGGCUCGAGGGCGAAUUCAGAUUCCAGCAUUCAAGGCUCAUCGACUACAGCGAGGAAGUGGCACUGUAUCACGGCCACGAAGCAGAGAAAGAUACACUGGAUAAAGGCUACUUCACACUCAUCAAGCAUGUCAACAGGAUACUGCGGAGACGACUGUAUCACGGUGUAAUGGAGGAUUUUGUGAUCAAGUACUUUUGGGGUGCAUUGGGGCUUAUGCUCUGCAGUGUGCCUGUAUUCUUCCAGGUCCCUGGACAGAACUCGAGUAAUAUGGGUGAUCGGACGGAGAGCUUUGUCACCAACCGCCGCAUGCUGCUCAUGUCUUCCGACGCCUUCGGCCGUGUCAUGUUCUCGUACAAGGAGAUCACUGAACUUGCCGGUUACACAUCCCGUGUGUCCACCUUACUGGACGUCAUUGAUGACAUUCAGGCUGGCCACUUCGAGAAGAAGUUAGUCUCGUCGGCCAACACAGAGGAAAACGCAGCUGUUCUACGUGGUCGUGGCACAGUGACGGAGGGCGAAGACAUCGAAUUUGUUGACGUACCCAUCGUAUCACCCAAUGGCGAUGUACUCGUGCGCAAACUCUCGUUCACUGUAAAGCCCGGGGAUCACCUGCUGAUUGUCGGUCCCAAUGGCUGCGGCAAAUCAAGCUUGUUCCGCAUUCUCGGGGGCUUGUGGCCUGUGUAUGGCGGCACAGUACGAAAGCCACCGUUUGAAGACAUUUUCUAUAUCCCUCAGCGCCCUUACCUUUCUCGCGGGACAUUGCGCCAGCAAAUCAUCUACCCUGAUAACUUGCGCGAGAUGCGCGACAAGGGCGUUGCAGACGAUGACCUGUACAACAUCCUCAGCAUCGUGGAGAUUGAAUCCAUAGUUGAUCGUCCCGGUGGCUGGGAUGCUGAACAAGAGUGGACCGAUGUGCUCUCCGGUGGUCUACAACAGCGCGUGGCCAUGGCGCGAUUGUUCUACCACCGGCCUCGGUACGCGAUUCUGGACGAGUGCACGAGCUCUGUAACAUUAGAGAUCGAGAGAGUCAUGUACGAUGAGGCGAAGCGACUUGGAAUCACACUUAUGACUGUGUCGCACAGGAGGAGUCUAUGGAAGUAUCACGAGAAGAUCUUGCAAUUCGACGGGCAGGGCAAGUACGUGUUCACAAGGUUGGAUGCAGAGCGAAGGCUGGAGCUUGAAGAUGAGAAGGAGGACAUCGAGCUGCAGUUGCGAGCUGUUCCGGACAUUGAGCAAAGGAUUGCGGAAUUGGAGGCUGCCAUGUGA